CCGACCAUAAGAUGACAAAUACACAAAAUUGAUCUUAGAAAGAUUCUGUGUAUAUAUAUUUACAUAGAAAAUUAUAUUCCAUUACAUGGAGAAAUCCACGCUCAGCCACUCUAUGGAAGAUCCUCUCCUUUCUCAGCUCCUAGCACUUGCAAGCCUCAUAGCUCUAUUUCUCGUGCUAUGGACUGCAAAGCGAUCUCGAUGUAGAUCUCAAUCUACUGAGAAUGCUAGGUUCAAUCUACCUCCUGAAAUCCCGGACGCAUGGCCCAUCAUAGGCCACCUGCACCUAUUGCGCAAGCCAGUCCCGUUGGCUCGGAUCCUAGCAUCCAUGUCUGAUCACUGCGGCCCGAUCUUCCUGAUUCGGCUCGGGGUCCACCAGGCUGUUGUUAUCAGUACGAACGAGUAUGUCCGUGAGUGCUUCACCACCCACGACCGGACCCUGGCGUCCCGGCCCAGGUCCAGGGUGGGGCUCCACCUGGGGUACAACUUUGCAGCCUUAGCGUUCGCCCAGUACGGACCAUAUUGGCGUCAGAUGAGGAAGCUGAUGAUGCUCGAGCUCCUUAGCCACAGCCGCCUCAAGGCCCUGAAGAAUCUGCAGGUCUCAGAGAUCAACACCCUUAUCAAGGGCCUCUACGACACGGUAAUAACAACCCCUAAUGAUCAUGAUGGGCCUACUAGCAACAGGAAGCCCGUGAUCAUCAGUCAGUGGCUCGAAUACAUGACCUUGAACGUUAUUACACAGAUGAUAGCAAGGAAGAGGUAUUUCGGGUCUCGAGCUGGGGGAUUAAGUGUCGAAAGAGAUGCCGCUCACGCGAAGAGAGUGAUCAAAGAGUUUGUGCGCAUGUCCGGGUUCCCUGCGAUUUCCGACCUGAUCCCGUACACCGGAUGGACGGAUUUCGUGGGGCCUGUGAGGUCUAUGAAGAGGAUAGCUAAAGAAUUCGACUCAAUAGUUGGGAGCUGGGUUGAAGAACAUGAACAGAGAAGAUCAGUCAUCAAUGGUGAGAGAAACAGCCAGAGAAAGAAGGACUUGGACUUCAUUGAUGUGAUGAUCUCUGUGAUUGAGGAUAACUCCAUGUUGGGCUUUAGCAAAGAGACCAUCAUCAAGGCAACAGUUGUGAUACUUAUUGUAGCAGGAUCGGGCACGACAUCUCUAACCUUAACGUGGAUCCUGUCACUCUUACUGAACCACAAACACGUGCUGGACAAAGCCCAUGAAGAGCUCGACCUCAAGAUCGGAAGGGACAGAUGGGUCCGAGACUCGGACAUUGAAAGCCUACCUUACCUUCAAGCCAUCGUCAAGGAAACUCUACGCCUAUAUCCACCGGCACCACACUUGAUCCCCCACGAAGGCGAUGAGGACUGCAUUGUGAACGGGUACCUUGUCCCUAAAGGCAGUCGGUUAUUCGUCAAUGUGUGGAAGCUACAUAGAGACCCCAGGGUCUGGUCCGACCCUGACGAUUUCCUGCCAGAGCGGUUUCUAGCAAAUGGUGAUGCAGCCGACAUGGAUGUUUCAGGGCAGCAUUUCGAGUUCAUCCCUUUCGGCUCUGGCAGGAGAGCCUGCCCAGGGGCUGCACUCGCCAUUCAGGUGACCCAUCUAGCAUUGGCUCGACUGCUUCAAGGAUUCGAUAUAGCGACGCUAGGGGAUUCCCCGGUGGACAUGACUGAAGGUCGAGGAGCGAGUUUGUCCAAGGUGAACCCGGUAGAAGUUCUCCUCAUGCCUCGCUUGCCUACUGAGCUCUUUGAAGAAUUAACAGAAAGCAGUUAGGAACGUAUUAUAUUGUAGACUAUGCACAAAUAGUUAUAUCCUGUUAUUAUGUUCCGUUAAAUGGAUAUGUAUUUGGGCAUGUAACUUUAUUUCAAGUGCCUUAUUAAUUUAAGUCGAUAUAUUUGCUACA